GAGGCCUAUUCUUAAAUUUAGUUUGGUGGUUUCUUACUAUAUGCUAAUGUUUAAUACAUCUAAUCAAAUGGGACAAAUUAAGUACAGGUUUUAUUAAAGACUCAUCAUCACGUUACCCUGAUGAACAGAGUUUCAAUAUAAGAUUGUUUGUGUCACUGCUCCAUGCUGCUUAGAUGAGAGUAUGAGAAUUGACCUUAUUAUAAUCAGAAUAGAUUACUCAUAACUUUUCCUCAAAACUUAUACAAUAUACUAAAAAUGCGGUCCUGAUCUUUGGACUUCCACAACGAAAUUUUACAUAAUUCUGCAUAAAACCAUAAGCAACAACAUAAUUUUAAUGAUCCUCCCAGAUGAUAUACAAAAAUUUAAUCAAAAGCGCCGUAGGGCCGACCCAAAACGUUAUUUUUAUGCACUGAUUUAAAUAGAGAAAGUAGCAAUAUUUUUCGACUAUUUUUGUAUACAUUCCUCUCAAUGGGUUUUGGCUGAUAUAAAAACAAGAAAUUUGGAAAUCCUAAUCAGUCUUCCAACGAGAUUUGAUGCACCUUUUUAAUUUAAGUUGGGGUAAAAUGAAGACCACAGCGUUCGUCCUUCUCCUAUGUCUAUCCGUGGCCAUCGGUGAACCUGUAAGAAAUAAACGCGGUUUUCUGCAAGGCGAACACCAUGGACACGGGUGCAGUCAUUGCGGAGUCGGCGGCGGACACUUGGAUAUACCUCCAGCGUCUUUAUUACCGCUUGAAGGAGGAUCACAUUCUGGCGGAGGAUUAGAAUUCGGAUCAAAUUCAUUAGCAGGAGGAUUCGAACAUCAUCAUCAUCAUGGAGGUCCCCCACUUCCAGUUCCUGCCUAUGGCCCACCCGGUUUUGAAUCAGGUCCACCUAUCGGUGGUCCAGUAGUUGGAGGAUCUGCUUCUGGAAUAGGAGGAUUCGAACAUCAUCAUCAUCAUCACGGAAGCGAUGUAGGUCCAGCCUAUGGCCCACCCGGUAUUGAUUCCGGUUCACAUAUCGGUGGUCCAGUAGUUGGAGGAUCUGCUUCUGGAAUAGGAUUCGAACAUCAUCAUCAUCACGGAAGCGAUGUAGGUCCAGCCUAUGGCCCACCCGGUAUUGAUUCCGGUUCACAUAUCGGUGGUCCAGUAAUUGGAGGACCUGCUCCUGGUUUAGGAGGACUGGGUGGAUCAGGUUCUGGACCUCUAGGACCACCAGAUUUGCACGCAAACGAGCCUCACUACCAUUUAGGUCACGGCGUUCAACGUCACGUGACCAUUGUGCACAAAAUUGGUAUUCCUGUACCUCAACCCUACCCUGUGCAAGUUGAAAACCGUAUUCCUGUUCAAGUACCCACUCCUGUAGACGUACCAGUUGAUCGUCCUUAUCCAGUUCAUGUAAAGCGACCAUACGAAGUUAAAGUGUUCAGAGACGUGCCGGUGCAAGUCGAUCAACCCAUUCCCGUACACGUUAAAGUACCAGUACACAUUGACGUACCAACACCGUACAAAGUUGAACAUCCCAUUCCAGUGCCUGUGAAAAUCUGGAAAAAGGUACCAGUGCCGAUACCUCAUCCGAUUAUAAUCAAGCAAAAAGUUCCAGUUGUUGUACACGCUCACGUAGAACCUGCACAUGUACAUCAUCAUGUUGAUCAUGGUCACCAUGUUGAUCUACAUCAUGAUCACCAUGUUGAUUUACAUCAUGAUCACCAUGUUGAUUUCCAUCACGGUCACCAUGUUGAGCUUCAUCACGGUCACCAUGAUCUUCACAGUCAUCACGGAUGGGAUUGAGUAGUACUAGUUGUGUGAAUGUAGUUGUUAUCUAGUCGUUACAAUAGGC